AUGGCCUUCAUACUAUGCCGAGAGAUCCCAUCACUUUUUCAAAAGGGCCUAGAAAGCGAGAAUGUAUUGGAAUGCGAUGCAAAUGUAAAUUAUAUCUCAAGAUAUGCACCAGAAAAGCUUGAAAAUCUUGCAGAGUUCAUUGAGCACUUUUUCCUUGGCCUCCCUAGAAUUUCAAUUAUUUGCAUUAGCUUGCUUGAUGGUGAUUAUGUAAACCUGCUUGGGGAGGAACUGAUUCCCUCUUCUUUAUUUCUGGCAUGUUUGCUUAUCACACGGUUUGAUGGGAACAAACAACCGAUUAUUAUGUGCUUGCCCGUUGAUUCAAUAUCAGAAGAAUUUCAGCCCAUGUGUAGUCCAUGCAAGGAGCUCAAACCUUGGCAUUGUCCCUGGAGUAGUGCUGUGUUUGACGACGUGGCUCCCUCGUACAGGAUCAUUUUAGAAGCUAAUUAUUUGUCUUUCCGUACUGAUGUCCAUGAUGAAGCUGGGUACAUCAAGUGGUUGUCUGAAAGACAGAGUUAUGACGAUCAACUAAAUAAUUUAUUGAAAGCAAUGAAUCAUGAAUGGAUAGGAUCAUGGGAGUGCUUGCUCUUGGGCGAGGGAUUGGAUGCCAAAUCUCUCAAAAAUUUUGCUGAGAAAUUGACAAAUUCUUUGAAUUCCCAAUGUGAUUUUAUUUUCAAUGAUAAUCUCAUCAAAGUUAUACUCAGUGGUGCUUCGUCUGUCCUUGAUGCUGAAGCCUGCAUUUUUCAAUCACUACUUUUUAAUGGAUUCUUUGGCUGGGGAGGAUGUUCUGGGAUGCAUAAAAUCAAGACAUUUGCUUACCAUAAUAAAAGAGUUAGGCCAAUUCUCAAAUCUAUUAAGAGUUUGAUUUCGAAAGCAGUUGGCGAGGGCAUGAAUGUUAUCAGGCAACCAAUUAUUCUUGUUUUAGAUUCUGAUGUGCAG